UGAGGUGGGGUACGUGUGAAUCCGCGCCCACCGCGCCCUAACGGCCGCCCUGCCUUCUGUAGGUCCUGCCUGAGCCAGCAUGGCCUCUCGGCUGAGCAGGCCUGCUGAGCAGCCCAGGGGCAGCCCUGAGGAGUCCGAGCUGGCCGUGAACCCAUUUGAUGGGCUUCCCUUCUCCUCCCGCUACUACGAGCUGCUGGAGCGGCGGCGCGCCCUGCCCAUCUGGGCUGCUCGCUUUGUGUUCCUGGAGCAGCUGGAGAGCGGGCCUGGCGGGGUGGUGCUGGUGUCCGGGGAGCCUGGCUCUGGCAAGAGCACCCAGAUCCCUCAGUGGUGUGCAGAGUUUGUGCUGGCCAGGGGCCUCCAGAAAGGCCGGGUGACCAUCACUCAACCCUACCCUCUGGCAGCCCUGAGCCUGGCUCUGCGAGUCGCUGAUGAGAUGGACCUGACCCUGGGUCAGGAGGUCGGAUACAGCAUCCCCCAGGAGGACUGCACGGGCCCCGACACUGUGCUCAGGUUCUGCUGGGACAGGUUGCUCCUGCAGGAGAUGACCUCCACCCGGGGCCCGGGAGCCUGGGGUGUGCUGGUGUUGGAUGAGGCCCAGGAGCGGUCAGUGGCCUCAGACUUACUCCAGGGGUUGCUGCGAGACACCAGCCUGGGAGAUCUCCCAGGGGAUCCCAGAGUGGUCGUGGUUACCGACCCGGCCUUUGAACCCAAGCUCCACGCCUUCUGGGGCAGCCCUCCCAUUGUGCAUGUGCCCAGAAACCCUGGGGGAGACCCCAGCCCUGACUAUAGGGACUCCGUUCCCCCGGAUCGAGUGGAAGCAGCCUGCCAAGCGGUGCUUGAUCUGUGUCGGCAAGAGGCCCCAGGAGAUGUGCUCGUGUACCUGCCCAGUGAGGAGGAAAUCUCCCUGUGCUGUGAAGCCUUGUCUAGGGAGAUAAGGCUCUUGACUCUGCCAGGGCCUCCACCACGAGUGCUACCCCUUCACCCAGGCCUGGGCCACGCUGUUCUGGCUGUCUACGAGGACUCGGACUUGGGGGCCCGGAAGAUCGUGGUCACUCACUGGCUGGCUGACUUUGCCUUCUCGCUCCCUUCUGUCCGCCACGUCAUUGACUCAGGGCUGGAGCUUCGCAGCGUGUACAAGCCUCAGAUCCGAGCAGAAUCCCAGAUGCUGAGGCCCAUCAGCAGGUGCCAGGCAGAGGCCAGACGGCAGCGGGCAAGAGGGUCCCCUCCGGGAUCUUGCCUCCGCCUGUACCCGAAGUCCUUCUUAGAACUAGACGCUGCCCCGCUGCCCCAGCCCAGGGUGUGUGAGGAGAAUCUGAGCUCCCUGCUGUUGCUGCUGAAGAGGAAACAGAUCGCAGAGCCAGCGGACUGUCACUUCCUGGACCGGCCCUCUCCAGAGGCACUGAUGCAGGCCCUGGAAGAUUUAGACUACCUGGCAGCUCUGGAUGACGACGGGGACCUCUCAGACCUGGGCAUCAUCUUAUCCGAGUUCCCGCUGCCCCCCGAGCUCGCCAAAGCCCUGCUGGCCUCAUGCGAGUUCAGCUGUGUGGACGAGAUGCUCACCCUCGCCGCCAUGCUCAUGGCUGCCCCUGGCUAUACCCACCCCCCACGCUGUGCAGAAGAAGCCGCGUUGCGUCGGGCUCUGGAACAUACAGACGGCGAUCACUGCUCUCUGAUCCAGGUCUAUGAGGCCUUUGUACAGAGUGGAGCAGACAAAACUUGGUGCCAGGCUCGGGGUCUAAACUGGGCAGCAUUGUGCCAGGCCCAGAAACUUCGAGAAGAACUUCAAGAACUCAUGCAAAGAAUUGAACUUCCCUUAUCCCAACCUGCCUUUGGCUCUGAGCAGAAUCGCAGAGACCUUCAGAAAGCACUGGUGUCAGGCUACUUCCUCAAGGUGGCUCGAGACACAGAUGGAACCGGGAAUUACCUGCUCCUGACCCAUAAGCAUGUCGCCCAGCUCUCCCCACACUGCUGCUAUCGAGGCCGCCGGCCCCCUGCCACACUGCCGCCAUGGGUGCUCUACCACAAUUUCUCCAUUUCCAGAGACAACUGCCUUUCCAUAGUCUCUGAGAUUCAACCACAGAUGCUGGUGGAGUUGGCCCCUUCAUACUUCCUGAGUAACUUGCCCCCCAGUGAAAGCAGAGAUCUUCUGAAUCAGCUGAGGGAAGAAUCGGCAGAUUCUCCAGAAGAUUCUCCAGAAGAGAAUGAAUCCUCUUCCACUCAAGAGUUUGGAGCUGCCUGUGUCCUACAGUGACUGCCUGAGAGACAGCUGAGCUCCACUGAGACACUGGUUCUCCCCUCAGGCUAGCACCAAGGCUGUCCACCAAGUUUAGAAAUUGAAACUUAAAAGUAAGAAGCCUAGAAGUAAAUCCUAAGAGACGGUGGCCUCAGAGUAAACAGGAUAAGCUAGUCUACAGAGGGAAGGAUUCUUUCCUCAUCCUUCUGUUUAUUGAAGAGGGAUGGCCAUGCCUUCAUUAUACCCCCAACUUUAUGCCAAAUUCAUCUUUGUGCUUGUUCCCUUUUGGUUUAUAAAAUUUCCUUUUGUGUGCCAAAUUGGAGUUUGGUUCUGCAACAUCGCUUACAACAUCCAUGAGUUAGAGAUGAUGCAAUAUCAGAUGGGGUUUAACUGCUUUAUGGAAGGUUCUUGCCUGUUUGCUACCUUGGGUGCAAUGACUGACCUACGUAAACAUGAGUAGUUUGUGCAAUGAUUAACUUCGCCAAGUGACUAAAUGUAGAACAUGAAUAGUUUGACUACAAUUGGCCUCUGGUCCUGCCUAUUGCUCACUUCCCUCUAUGGACUGCUCCUAUCUUCAGAAGAAUAA